AUGGUGAACUACUACAGGAAGUUCAUCCCAGACAUCACCCACACCAUGUGCCCUUUGAACAAGGUCCUGAAGAGCAAGCCAAAGAGGCUGCAGCAAGACAGGAAGGCACGCCGAAUCAGGAGUAGGUACCUUCCCCAACCCAGGCAGAGAUUUGGGCACAAAAACGUAGAAGUUGUCGGCCCGCUUCCCCCAUCUGACGGUGCCAAAUACCUCCUGACGGUGGUCGACCAGUCCAACAGGUGGCCCAAGGCCACCCCAAUGUCAAAAGCCACUGCUGACACCUGCGCUGAAGCCCUCCUCUCCAGCUGGAUCAGCCGUUUUGGAGUGCCAGACAAUCCUCAUGACAGACCGAACCACCUUCACCUCGGAACUCUGGACUGCCCUGGCACGCCUGAUGGGGCAAAGCACCACACCACCACAGCCUACAACCCCGCAGCAAAUGGCAUGGUGGAAAGGACUCACCACUCCCUGAAGGCCUCCCUGAUGGUGUGCUGCACAGGCCCUGACUGGAAGCCACAACUACCCUGGGUCCUCCUCAGCCUCCGUUACCACCCCAAGAGCCAACAGCAACCCAUCACCCGCAGAGAAGGUCUAUGGGGGAAACCUUGA